CCCGUUGACUUUGUCGCGGGCAGCAUGGUCGAGCGCGUUCCUCCGGCGGAUGCUGUGAUGUUGAAGUGGAUUCUGCAUGACUGGGACGAUGAGGUUUGCGUGAGGAUACUGCAGAAGUGCAAGGAGGCGAUCCCAUCGAGAGAGGCCGGAGGGAAGGUGAUCGUCGUGGAGCAGGUGACAGGGUCGACCCCGGAAGAGAAGUCGACGGAGAUGCAGCACUUCUUCGACGUGUGGAUGAUGAUCCUGACCGGGGGACGCGAGAGAGAUGAGCAGGAAUGGUGCAAAAUAUUCACUGAGGCGGGGUUCAGUGAUUAUAAGAUUGCUGCCACGCUUGGACUUCGAUCAGUUAUUGAAGUGUUUCCUUAAAAUGAAAUUUCUUUCGAGGUGAACUUUUAGUUGGACUUGGAGCUUGUUAUGAAUUGUGAUUGUUGGAUAAAAUAGUAUGGACUUUUGUUUAUUUA